AUGAAUAAUGAUAAUGAUGACACAAAAAAACCAAUCAAUGAAGAAGAUAUAUUUAAUACAAUUACCUCAUCAUACCAACCCGCUUUAACAAGUACUAAAGUUGAUCCAAGAAAAAGUCUUGACACUUUUGCUGAUGAAAAACAAGCAACUCAGUUACCUUUGAUUAAAGAGUUAAACGAAGUACUUCAUACUAUCACCAGUAAAAGUGUUGAACAUCUUGUUUAUGAUAAAACAUUACCAUCAUUGGCACAAAGUUUUCCAUAUCAACCAUAUCAGCCUCAAAUAGAAAUGAUGAAUUCAAUCCAACAAGCAGUAAAAGAAGGAAAACAUUUAUUAAUGGAAAGUCCAACAGGAACAGGAAAAACAUUAGUAUUAUUGCAUUCAACAUUAACUUUUCCAGAUAUGAGAGUUGUUUAUGCUUCAAGAACCCAUAAUCAAUUAGCUCAAGUUGUGAAUGAAACAAAGAAAAUUGGAAAUAUAAAAGGAAUAGUAUUAGCUUCUAGAGACUUGUACUGUAUUUAUAAUCCAAUUAAAACAUGUGAUGAUAAGAAUUAUUGGUGCACAGCAAAACCGAAUCUAUUAUUAAAAUUAAAACAUAUUAACCCAUGUCCUUAUAGGCCAUUUGGAGAUGAUGGAAAAAUAUUACCUCAUGUUGUUAUGGCAUGUCAAGCAGUUUAUAAAGAAUUAAAUGGAAUUAUUAUACCACAAGAAGAACUUGUCAAAGUAUGUCAGAAGCAUAACUUAUGCCCUUAUUAUUAUGCAAGAUGGGCAACAGUAAGAAGUAAGCUAAUAUUAUGUCCAUAUAAUUUUGUUACUAGUGUUAGUAUUCGUCAUUCAUCUGAUAUUUUUCUUAUUGAUCAGAAUAGUGCUCAUCAACGUGAGUUUGUUUUAGUUAUGGAUGAAGCACAUAAUGUAGAAGAUGCAUUUAUGGAUUCAUUAACAUUUAACUUUACUGAAUCGUUAUUAAAUCAAACUAUUGAAACAAUUCAAUUUCAUAAAAAGAGAAUCAAACAAACUCCAGAAAAUCUUCUUACAAUUUCUCUUCUCACAGAACUUAUUUCCACCGUAGAAAGUUUUUCUAUUUGGAUGAAAAAUAGAUCGUUGCCAUAUAAAGAUUCAGAACAUUAUCUGUAUGGGGUAUUUGAAGACCAAGCAUUUUUACCUUUUGUUGAACGAUCACCAUCUUCAUCAAGACUACUAGAAGCAAUUUCUGAGUAUAUCAAAGUAGUAGAUAACUUAGAUGAUUUAGAUAUUUUUACACGAGAGCCUCAUGUAAUAAGAUAUAUUAAUUCUUUUACUACUCAAUACAUAGAAAUGAUUCUUUUUUAUAUCCAAGUAUUUAGAACACCUACAUUGACUAAAUUCUUUAAAAUUGUUAUAACUGACUAUAAUGGUUUAAGAGAAAUGUUGUUUAGAUGUCUUUCUCCAUCUUUGCCAAUGUCAUUGUUACAAAUAGUGGUUAGAUCAGUUAUCUUUGCUUCAGGAACAUUAAGCCCAAUGAAAGCUAUGGCACAAGAAUUAGACAUAAAAGAGCAUGUAUACAAAGACUUCAUUAUUUCUCCUGGUUAUCGGAUGCUUUCAACCGAACACGUUGUACCUCCAAGUCGUGUGUUUGGAAGAAUAAUUAUUUCAAGUUCACUUGGAAAGUCAUUUAUUUUUACUAAAAAAACGAGUCAAGACAAUGAAAUGAUAGAACAAGCUGGAGAUACAAUGUUCAGAGUUUUAAGUAAAAGCCCUGGGGGUGCAUUAGUUUUUUUUUCUAGUUAUAAUAUGUUAAAUCGAAUAGUAGAAUUAUGGAAACAACAUGGAAUAUAUACACAACUAAAUAAACUUAAAGCAAUUUUUAUUGAGUCAAAAGAUAAAAGUGAAUUUAAAAAGGAUUUCAAAGAGUACCAAAUACAAUCAAAAAAAGGUGCUGUAUUUUUAGGUGUGUUUAGAGGAAAAUUAAGUGAAGGAAUUGAUUUUGGAGAUGAUAUGGCAAGGCUUGUUAUUGUUGUUGGUAUUCCUUAUCCAUCAUUAGGAGAUAUUAAUGUUAAUUUAAAGAGAGAAUAUAAUAGUCAUGAAAACCUUAAAAAUCCUGAUUGUCUUAGUGGAAGUGAAUGGUAUUCAAUUCAAGCACUAAGAGCAGUUAAUCAAGCUGUAGGUAGAGUAAUUAGACAUAUUAAUGAUUAUGGAGCAUUUUUAUUAUUUGAUAAACGAUAUUCAACAAAUUCAGUGAAAGAAAUGUUAUCUGGAUGGAUGAAAAAAUCACUUGUAGUUGCAGACAAAAACUGGGAGCAAGAUUUACAGGAUUUUUUUACUCAAUUUAGUCAAUUCCCAAUCAUUAGACAUGAACCUCAACAAGUACAAGACAUUAAAAAAGAAUCAACUAUAAAAUGUAGAAUUAAAAGUGAAGAAUUAAAUAAAGAGAAACAAAUAAUUGAAAGUAAAAAGUCAAGUGGUAAAUUUAUUCGUAUCCCUACUAGAAAAGCUUCUCUUAAUAUGAGUCAAAAAUAUUCAAUUCCUCAAUUUAGAACUACUGCCCCAACUCAAACUAAUAAUAACUCGACUAAAGAUGUGUUUGCUAGUCAAAUGAUUCUUCAAAAUAAGCCUGAUGCUGUUAUUGUCAGAACAUUUAGUAUUAAAACAAACUCAGAGUUUAAAGGAGAUACUCAUAUUGUUGAUGCUAUUCCUCCUCAACGCAUGAGUUUAGAGCCAACAGAAAGUCAACCAAAUUAUAAAAGAAUUUUAGAUAUUCCUCAAGACUUAGACCCUAUUGAUGCAAUGGUAAUGACACCUGCAUUUACUAAAAAACAAGUAAACCAAUCACAUCAAGAAAAUACUGAAGAAUUUCCUAACGAAACUCAGUUGAGAAGAAUGUCAAUAGAAACUGAGAGUCUUUUGCACUCUUUAAAUCUUAAUGAAGAAGAUAGUCAAUCUUUUGUUAAAAGAACUAACACCCCACCAUUAUGUUAUAAAAGAAGAAUGUCAGAAAUAAUUUCUGUUGAUGAAGACCAACCAAAACAAGUUAUAACAAUUACGUCCAGUGAGUCAAGUAUUCAAUUCUUUGAUCCAAAUGAUGAGCCUGAAAUUGUUGACAUUAAGAAAGAAUCUUCUGACUAA